GGGGUUCCCUCGUUACGUCACGCGGGAUUUCCCGUCGGGGUGACGCGCGCUGGCCACGCCCAAGGGCGGAGCCACGCCCAGCCGUCCCUCCCCGCCUUAUUGACGUCACCGGCGCCACGUGGCCCUCCCUUCCGAAAGGCGGUGCGGCCACGCCCCCUCCCGACGGCAAUUGGUCCGUACGGAGAAAGGUGGGCGCGGAUUGGCGGUGCCGCGCGGGGCGGGACGGACCCGGCGAGUGAAUGGACGGGGCGCGCUGCGCGGAGCAGCGGCGGGACCUCGGGGCUGUUGGCAGCGCGGAGCGGCCCAGGGCGCGGCGGCGGCGGCAGCGGCAGCGCGGCAGACACGCGGCGGCCGCCACCCCCAGCGGCCGGGCCAUGGGCACGCCGGCCUCGGUAGCGAGCGAUCCUCCGGGUCGAACGGCGCCCACCGCCCGCGGCCGCAAGCGGGCCUCGGCCAACAUCUUCCAGGGCGUGGGGCUGCCGGAGCUGCGCAGCCUGUUCCAGAGCGGCGGGGCCGAGAGGCCCGAGGAGCGCGCCCGCCUCGUCUGGCGCUACGCGGGGCAGCGGCGCAUGGCACGGGCCCUGCGGCAGCUCCGGCGACGGAGAGCACACGCCGCGCUCACAGCCGUCUGUUCCUGUAGAAUCACCGAUAAGGAACCCGAGGAGGACGGAGGGGACGAGACGGCCUCGGGGCCUCCACAGCAGCACUGAGAACCAGGCCCACCGCACUGACCGGGCUCACCGAGGACACUAAGUGUACUGGACAUGAGCGCAGUGGUUAAUAAAAGGUGGACAGCGGUGGCUGGGUGAGGCUCUGUGGCUGUGACAGCGGCCCCGGUUGCUGCGAUGGACCCAGCACCAGGUGAACAGCCCCAACCCCACUCCAGGACGCUGCUGAGAUGAUAAGGAGGCCAUGUGAACUGCAGCUCUGUUAUUCAGACAGUUGAAUGGUUUAAAUACAUUACAUACAUUUCUA